AAAUUCCUGAGCAAGGAAAGUUUAUACCAUUCACCUGCAACAAAUAUUUGAUUCCUCCUCAUCACCAUCUGUUCUCUUCCUACACAAUGGAUCGGCUAUAAAUAGCUUUGCUAUGUGUCCAUUGAGUCAUCUCUUACUAAUACACGCUAAAAUCAGCCAUGGCAACCACAGUAAAGUUGAAGCUUUUUGUUGACACAAGGGCUGAGAAGGUUAUUUUCGCAGAAGCCGGCAAAGACUUCAUUGAUUUUCUGGUCUACUUUCUUUCUUUGCCAGUGGGUACUGUGGCUAGGCUCUUAAAAGGGAUAGACACGGUGGGUUCCCUAAGUAACCUCUAUAAAAGCGUUGAAAAUCUCAGUGAAUCCUUCUUCCAACCAAACCAAACCAAGAAUUCACUAUUAAAUCCUAGAGCUCCAAGAUCUGCAGCCACAGGAGUCCCUCUUUUGCUUUGUGAUUAUGAUUCGCACACUCGUAUGGUAUACUCUUGCCCCUCUCAUUAUCAUAACAUAACUGAUGUUCCAAACUUGCUUUGUCCUUCGUGCAACAAGAAAAUGACCGGCCCAUUGUAUUAUGUUCCUCCGUCGCUUGAGAACACUGGGCUGGUUGAAGGAGGAUUUGUUAAGAGUUUUGUGAGUUUCAUGGUGACGGAUGAUUUGGAGUUUAUGCCUAUUUCUCCUGAAAAUUUAUUUUCUUUGCUUAACAAGUCCAACGUCGAAAUUGAUGAACUUGAAAAGAUGGAUGUGGAACUGGGGGCUGAUGAGGUAAGUCCAUUUCUUUUCCCCUUUUGCUAUUGGUCUAAGGCUGCUGAAGUUAUCAUUGGAAUGCAAAGAAGUCUUAACAAGUUUGUAUCAGGGCACAGUACAACAAACACCGCACCGCAGAGAGACUUUAAUGGAGCCGGAAGCAUCGUGGCGUUCGUAUCACAGCAGAAAGGCUUCAAUGGAGCUGCAAGCACCGCAGCAUUUGUAUCACAUCGUGCUUUGGUGUGGAAGCAAAUAGGAAGGGGAACCAAACUUUGUGUGUUACAAAUCUUUUUUUCCCUAUUUGUCCACUGUUUCUCUUCUCUGUGUGGACAAUUAUCAAUCAUGGCAACAACCACCACACCCCCAAACAAGUUAACGUUGAAGUUAAUGAUAGACAAAGGAGCAAAGAAAGUCCUCUUUGCAGAAGCCGGAAAAGAUUUCGUGGACGUUCUGUUCAAUCUCCUCUCUUUGAAACUAGGAACUGUCAUCAAGCUUCUCCGCGACGCAAACAUGGUUGGCUGCAUCGGAAAUCUGUACCCGAGCCUUGAAAACCUGAAUAAAGAUUACUUGCAACCUAAUCAAAACAAACUUGAGUUAUUGAAAACCCAAGAGAAAACUUCUGCCUUGCUGGUGCCCGGAGGUAGUUCACAACCAAAUCAGAAAAAAAUUUACAAUUGUUCUAACCGUUGCCGGUGUGUGUCAGAUGAAACUAGCAAACGUUGUCCUCACUGUGGUUCUUCUAUGUCUUACGAAGUGGUCAGCUUGUUGAGGAUGGAUUCAGUUUGUGAGGGUGGUAUUGUAAAUAAAUUGGUUACUUAUAUGGUGACAGAUGACUUGUUAGUGACACCUGGGUCAAUGAUAUCUAGCAUUGAUCUGAUACAGGAAAAUGUUAAGGAUAUUGGUGCCCUGGAGAAAAGAGUUGUUGAAUUUGGCGCUGAUGAGGUCCUGGAGCUGUUGGGGGCUUCCUUGCAAUCAGAUGCAACUCUUACUUCUGUCUUCCUUUUGAAGAAAGAACUCAAGGACAUUGAUGUGUCUAAUUAAAAUACAUUCUAUGUGGGGAGUAGGAAUCAUUGAUGGAGUUUGAUAAUUGAAAUCUAUAACUUGUCACUACUCUGCAGCAUGUUUAACAGAAAAUUUAUUGUCCGGUUUCAGCAU